AAAUACUUCAACUGAACAUUAAAAUACGCAACACGGUAAAUCGGAGAAGAUGAAUGCUUUACUAGAAAUUAUAUAUAGUGGACUGGCAUUUGUUUGUAUAGCAGUUGGUCUAGAAAAUCUAGCUCAAAACCCAGUGUAUAUGGGAGCAGCUUCUCAAAGUUCAGUUCACAAAGACAAUUGGGCGGCAGCAGACAAAGCAGUAGAUGGACACACUCUAGAGGAAAGUGGAAAGGAUUACUGUAGCUUUACACGUGCUAACAUAUCAAAAACUGCAUGGUGGAAAUUACCUUUGCUUCACAAGUCCAAUGUCGCUUACUUGCUACUUUUCCUCAGACAAUUAACCAUAAAUCGGCAUACUGGUUUCAGUGUGUUUGUUUUUAAUGAGCCAUCGUACAUACCUCCAUCUACUGGAGGGUAUAGAGUGUUCAAGCAGGAUCCAUCAUCAUGUCCAAAACAUGUGACGAAUGUCACCGUUAACAGACUGAUUAAAGGAAUAACACUAUAUAAUUCCAAAACCCCUCCACUCAUAACAAGCUGCGCAGGAUAUGAACCUUCAUAUGCCAGUAUUGAAAUAUGUGAGGUAAUGGUAAUGGGGUGUCACUAUCAACACUAUGGAGAAAACUGCGCACCAUGCUCAGAAAAAUGUCUGAACCAAGAAUGUGAUGCAUUUAAUGGUUCCUGUAUUUAUGGAUGUAGUAACAAUUUACUUGAACCACCACACUGCACUAGUUGUGUAGAUUAUAAAUAUGGACCAAGCUGUGCAUUCGACUGUGGCCAUUGUAAGGAGGGUAAACCAUGCUCCAAGACAAACGGAACGUGUUUUGAUGGGUGUGAGGCAGGCUGGACGGGGAUUUUAUGUUUGAAAAUUUCAUCGUCCGCUGGUGAUGCAGAUGAAGAUUGUUCAAAGACCUCAUCUGUAAUUAUAUCAGUUAUUUCAACACUGGUUGUGGUAGCAAUUACAUCCGUAGUAGUUUUAAUUGUACACAAAAAGAGGCUAUCAAGAACCGUGCAAGGUGGAAAAAAUCAACCAGACGAAGAUAGAAUAGAGAUUGAAGAAAAUCCCAAGACUUAUAAUCAAGUUGGAAUUAAAAAAGACUGCCAGACCUAUGAUGACAUCAAUUCGUAAUCUCUACUUGAAAACUCGACUAAUCAAUUGAAUUGUUCUAUAUUUUGAGGGAGCAAAUUCUUGUCUAUAUUUUAGCUCAGGAUUAAUUUUACACACUUAAUUGUGGACGGAUAUUUCAGUAACUUUCCAAUCAUGACAAAGAGCACACGGCAGAUGUGGUCAAUUCGCUUAGGAUGUUCUCUUUCUCAUGACCUCUGAUCCCGACUCUUAGUUUUGGAGUGCUUUGUUUGCUUUCUUCCACUUUUGUAUUGUUUAAUAUAAUUUUGGAGUUGAAAACAGUUCGGUAUCUCCAUUAUGUCAUAGAAUGUGUAACCUCUUUUGUCUGAAAAUGUUCUUUCUCUUUUCAAUAAAUUCAAUGUAAUUAGAA